AAAUAUUUAUCGUUUUUAACAAACUUACGCAGACGAAGUAGGACAUAAAUCAACCACUCAAAUUCGUCUUGGGUGUUUUGAUAGUGUAACUUAAAAAAAUUAACCAUGAAAUGCUACUGUUUCUUAGCCAUUAUUUUAGUAACUGGGCUUCAAGCCAGUUCAGACGAACUAACACAAAAACUGAAGAAAUGGUCAAGUGAGUGCACCAAAGAGACAAAAAUUUCACAAGAAUCGCUUGAAAAGUUGCGCAAUCCCGAGCCCACGGAUGAUCCCAGACUUAAAGUGUACGUUCUUUGUUUUUUGGAAAAAAUGGACAUUAUGAACGAAAAUGGGGACUUGAAGAAGGAGAACUUAAGAACCGUGCUUCUGGAGGCCGGAAAUAGUGAGGAGAAAACGGAGCGUUUGGUCAAAAAGUGUGCUGUGGAGAAACACCGACCGGAAGACACAGCCUACGAGGGAUUUUUGUGUUGGUACAAAAAUAAAAAUAUGGUUUGAGUUACGAUGUUUGUUCUUCACUGUUAUAAGUUUUUAAUAAAGAAAAUGUUACGAAA